CUGCUAGCUUUUAAUGAUCAUUUGUUACAGAACCUUUAGAGAGAGGAGUCUCUCGCGGUGUAGCCGUUCCUGCAUAUCGGGUUCAUAGAGCUGGUUCGAGGCCGCUAGUUGCUGAAUCUCACCUUUUGCGACUCCUAAAGUCUUGUCUAGACUUGUUUUGAUUUUAAUAUUCACAUGAAAAAAAGAGGAGCCUUCCUUCAAAUGCCAUUUUAGAGAAAGUCAUCCAACGCUACCAGGCUCACAAAGAUGCAGACGCUGCAGUUAAUGAGCAUACAAGCGGGACUGAGAAGCAGCUGCCAGCAUGGAGGACUCCUGAUGCUGGUUCCGACUUGCUGCUGAGUGUCCAGAGGCAUGUGGAAGCGAAGACUGUGGUGCAGCUGGAUCUAACACAAGUCACGCAACUAGUCAGGAACCUGGAGUCCUUGCUCAGGGAAGCCCAAGUUCGAAAGACGGAGCUAAUGAUUCAAUCUGUUACGGGCUUUCAGCAGCAGGAGAUACCUCUUCCUCCAGAAAACCUGCUGAUGGAAAACGAGCUCUCAUCCAUAGCCAACCAGCAGAACCAGAGCCAGAAUCAGCAGCAUGAGCAGGAUCUGGAUGACAUUCCUAAUCCCAACCAGCAGCAGCAGCAAUUUCUCCUGAUGGGCAUGCACCUAAACAACCGCAACAAUGGCGGAGUUGGAGAUUCCAGUGUCAUCCCAAUCCACCAGUUGCAGCAUCAUCAACAAAACCAGCCUUUCCUCAUGGGUAUGAAUCUGAACCACCACAACAUCCCUACAACAGAUGAUAACAACAAUAUCAGCAAUGGUGGUGCUGGAUCUGGUCCUUCUGCUGCUGCCUCUCUGCUCCAGAGGGAUGCCUUCCAAAAGGACAUCCUUCAUUUCUUCUGACCAGACCCAGAAAGAAACUGCAUGCAGAGAAAGAAGCAUGCAUCCACCAUCAUAAAGACAAUGAUGCCUGUUUGUACUAGUUUCCCUAAUAGUUUCUGAGUUUUGUGAUUUUAGCUCCAGCCGCCCUGAGUGUUUUUACUAGUAAAUAAAAUGAGGAAAGAAAAAAGCGCGUAGAAAAAGGAGGAAAGAUAGCAGCGGUAGCUGCUUGCUGCCACUUCUAGAUGAUAUAAGUAUUACAUGUGUUGUGUAAAAAGGUCUGCCACCCUGGCAUGACAUUGCCACGUCGCCGGUCUGAAAAAGUACUGCUUGGUACUGUGGGCUAUCACCUGUAAUUAAUUACGUAGUCUUAAAAUAUUUGUAUAAUGUAAGUGGUAAUGUAAUAUGUAUGCCAACGAAGUGAUGUAUUUUUUCGCCAGCCAAUUUUACUAUCAGGUUCUUGAA